AUGCCGCCAAAGAAGAAGGGUAACAAGGCCCGCGCCAAUGACGACUGGGAGAAUGAGCUCGGCGAGAGCAUCGCCCCCGCUAGCGCCACCCCGGAGGCUGCUGCCGAAACGCCAGCCGACGAAGAGGACGACGGCGAAGUAGGCGGCCUGAUGGCCACCAUGCGCAAGAACAGAGAGAAGAGGAAGAAGAAGGGCAUCGAGGAGCCCGUCGAGCCCAUUCCCGAGCCUGAGCCUUCUCCCAGUCUCGCCGAGAAGGCUCCCCAAGAAGCGACUAUGGACGAUGAGUUCGCUUUGCCCCAGAAGAAGGGCAAGGGUGGUAAGGGCAAGCAAGCUGCCCCUGCCGCUGCCUCUCCCGCCCCGAAGGCCGACGACGGUGGUGACGACAAUGGCGGCCGUGUCCUAACCAAGGCCGAGAAGGAGAAGCUAAAAAAGGAGAGAGAGAAGCAGCGUAAGAAGGAGCAGGCUGCGAAGAAGAAGGGUGCUGCCCCGGCUGCCGAACCUGCCAAGGCAACCCCCGAGAAGAAGGAGUCUCCGACACUCGCUGCAGCCCCAGCUCCCGUGGAAGAGAAGGGUGGCAAGAAGAAGAAGAUUCCUGCCCACCUCGCUCUGAUCCAGAAGCAACAGGAGGAGCUACGCCGCAAGGCGGAGGAAGACGCCCGCGUGGCUGAAGAGGAGAAAACAAGGAUCGCUGAAGAGGAGGCCCGCUUGGAGGAGGAGAACAAGCGCAGAGAGGAGGCCAAGGCUCAGAAAAAACAAAAGGAGAAGGAGAAGAUCGAGCAGCUCAAGAAGGAAGGCAAGUUCUUGACCAAGGCUCAGAAGGAGGAGAAGGCGCGCAACGAGCGUAAGCUUCAGCAGAUGCUUGCUGCUGGUAUCAAGGUCGGACCCGCUGAGGAAGGCGAGAAGAAGAAGAAGCCUACCUACGACAACAAGAAGAAGGGCGGCCGCAAGGCCCAGGCACAGGUCGACGAGGAGAAGGCCCUUGCCGAAGCUGCAGAGCGCGCCAGACAACAAGCGGAGCAACUCGCCAAGGAGGCGGAGGAGAAGGCGGCAAAGGAAAAGGCCGAAGCCGAGGCUGCCGAGGCUAAGAAAAAGGCUGCCGAAGAGAGCGAGCUGGAAGACGAUUGGGAAGCUGCUGCCGCCGCCGAAGACGAAGACGUCAAGGACAGCUGGGAUGCUGACACUGAGGACGAGCAAGAGAAGAAAGAAUCGGCCAAAGCCAACGGCAAGGUUGAUGAAAAGGAGGACGAUGAUGAGGAUGAGGACGAAGAGUCCGAAUCCGAGUCUGAGACCGACUCUGAGGACGAGAGAGAAUCCGCCGCCCGCCAAGCCGAGCUUCAGCGCAAGAAAGAGGCCGCAGAGCGUCGCGAAAAGGCUCAUCAGGCUGCUUUGGCUGCCAGGUCCAAGGACAACCUCCGGUCUCCAAUUUGCUGUAUUCUCGGUCACGUCGAUACUGGAAAAACCAAACUCCUGGACAAGAUUCGUCAAACCAACGUGCAGGAGGGCGAAGCCGGUGGUAUCACUCAGCAGAUUGGUGCCACUUACUUCCCUGUCGAGGCCAUCAAGCAAAAGACGGCCGUUGUCAACCCCAACGGCGAGUUCGAAUUCAAGGUUCCCGGUCUGCUGGUCAUCGAUACUCCUGGUCACGAGUCUUUCUCUAACUUGCGAUCUCGUGGUUCUUCUCUUUGCAACAUCGCUAUCCUCGUCGUCGACAUCAUGCACGGUCUCGAGCCCCAGACUCUGGAGUCCAUGAGGAUGCUUCGUGAGAGGAAGACCCCCUUCGUCGUCGCGCUGAACAAGAUCGACCGUCUCUACGGCUGGAAGAAGAUUGACAACAACGGCUUCCAGGAGAGUUUGGCACUCCAGCCCAAGAGCGUCCAGAACGAGUUCAAGAACCGUUUGGAGCAGACCAAGCUUGCUUUCGCCGAGCAAGGUUUCAACGCCGAGCUUUUCUACGAGAACAAGUCCAUGGCAAGGAACGUCUCCCUCAUUCCCACCUCUGCCCACACUGGUGAGGGUAUUCCGGACAUGCUCAAGCUCAUCGUCCAUCUCACUCAAGAGCGUAUGGUUGGGUCUCUCAUGUAUCUCUCCGAGGUUCAGGCUACUGUCCUCGAAGUCAAGGCCAUCGAAGGUUUCGGUAUGACUAUCGAUGUCAUCUUGUCGAACGGUAUCUUGCGCGAAGGUGAUAGGAUAGUCUUGUGUGGCGUGGAAGGAGCGAUCGUCACAAACAUUCGUGCUCUUCUUACGCCGGCGCCGCUGCGUGAGCUCCGUCUCAAGUCCGCCUAUGUCCACAACAAGGAGGUCAAGGCCGCCUUGGGUGUCAAGAUCAGCGCCCCGGGGCUCGAGGGUGCCAUCGCCGGUUCCCGCAUGAUGGUUGUCGGCCCUGAUGACGAUGAGGAUGACCUGAUCGAUGAGGUCGAGGCUGAUUUGGCCACUCUCUUCAGCAGAGUUGAAAAGACUGGACGUGGUGUCAGUGUCCAGGCCUCCACUCUUGGUUCUCUUGAGGCCUUGCUGGAUUUCCUCAAGGACUGCAAGAUUCCCGUUGCGAACGUUGGAAUCGGCCCGGUCUACAAGCGCGACGUCAUGCAGGCUGGCAUCAUGUUGGAGAAGGCCGCAGACUUUGCAGUGAUGCUCUGCUUUGAUGUCAAGGUUGACAAGGAAGCGCAGGCUUAUGCCGACGAAGUCGGCGUCAAGAUCUUCACCGCAGACAUUAUCUACCAUCUCUUCGACGCCUUCACCAAGCACAUGGCUGAUCUCUUGGAGAAGAAGAAGGAGGAAUCCAAGAUGUUGGCCGUCUUCCCUUGCGUCCUCAACACGGUCGCCGUCUUCAACAAGACCAACCCCAUCGUCGUCGGUGUUGACGUGGUGGAGGGCCAGCUUAAGGUCAACACGCCAAUCGCCGCCGUCAAGACCAACGCUGUGACGGGUGUGAAGGAGGUCAUCCAAAUGGGCAGAGUUACCUCGAUCGAGCGUGAUCACAAGCAGAUUCCUGUCUGCAAAAAGGGCCAGCCCUCCGUCGCCGUCAAGAUCGAAAUGGGUGGUCACCAGCCGACGUACGGCCGCCAGCUCGAGGAGUCAGACACGCUGUACUCUCUCAUCUCGCGUGCCUCCAUCGACACCCUCAAGGAGUUCUAUCGCAAGGACGUCAGCAACGACGAGUGGCAGCUCAUCAUCAAGCUCAAGCCCCUUUUCGACAUCCACUAA